AUGAAUCCUUCACUCUUCCUGGCUGCCUUUUGCGUGGGAAUAGCCUCAGCUGCUCUAAAACAUGAUCAGACUUUAGAUACAAAAUGGUACCAGUGGAGGUCAACAUACAAGAAACCAUAUGGAGUGAAUGAAGAAGGUUGGAGGAGAGCAAUAUGGGAGAAAAACGUGAAGAUGAUUGAACUGCACAAUCAGGAAUACAGCCUAGGGAAACACGGCUUUACAAUGGCCAUGAAUGCCUUUGGUGACAUGACCAGUGAAGAAUUCAGGCAAGUGAUGAAUGGCUUUCAAGUCCAGAAACAUAAGAAGGGAAAAAUGUGCCAAAAAUCGCCCUCUGGUGAUAUCCCCAAAUCUGUGGACUGGCGUGAGAAAGGCUACGUAACUCCUGUGAAGGAUCAGGGUCAUUGUGGUUCUUGUUGGGCCUUUAGUGCAACUGGUGCUCUUGAAGGACAGAUGUUCCGGAAAACUGGCAAACUUGUUGCUCUCAGUGAGCAGAACCUGGUGGACUGCUCACGGUCCGAAGGCAACGAAGGCUGCAAUGGUGGCCUCAUGGAUUUGGCAUUCGAGUACGUUUGUAAAAAUAAAGGCCUUGAUUCAGAGGAUGCCUAUCCAUAUCUUGGAACGGACACAAAUGAGUGUCGCUACAAGCCCGAGUAUUCUGCUGCCAACAAUACCGGCCAUGUGGACGUCCCUCAGGAGGAGGAGGCAUUGAUGGAGGCGGUGGCAACUAUAGGUCCCAUCUCCAUUGCUAUUGAUGCAAGCCAAAGGUCUUUCCAGUUCUACAAAUCAGGAAUUUAUUAUGAUUCACAUUGCAGCAGCAAGAAUCUGGACCAUGGUGUUCUGCUAGUUGGCUAUGGCUUUGAAGGGUCAGACUCUGAUAACAAUAAAUAUUGGCUUGUCAAGAACAGCUGGGGUGUUCAUUUGGGCUCAGAAGGGUACAUAAAGAUGGCCAAAGAUCGGAACAACCACUGUGGAGUUGCCACGGCAGCCAGCUACCCCACGGUGUGA